UAGUAUCGAACUCGAGCAUUGAUUCAACGCUCGUGUUUAUUAUAUUUUAUUAAAAAACAAAACAAAAAUCGUCCAACAACCUUCGUAUAAAUACGCGACGGGUUUUUCGAGCGCUCGAUUUCCAUAUAUCUUACAUAAAUAAACAGUUUUUAACAUAAAAAAAAUCUUAUCAUUCAGUAGGUAGUAGAUUUGAAUCAAUUUUGGUUCGAAUGUAAAUUUUUUAAAAUUUUAAAUUUAGAACAGGAAUGUGAUACGUGUUUGUUUUUUUUUUCAGUACAGUGCCACUAACAAUAGACAAUAUAUGUAGUUUUUUAUUGUUCUCAAUAGUAAAAAUAAAUUGUUUCGAAAAAAGAAUGCUCCAAGUUUUUAAACAUACGAUUUAAAAGUGUGUUUAGUUUUUUUUUUAAUAAAUUAAGUGACGAAGGUAUGAAAGUUUAAUGCCGUAUUUGUGAACAAAUCGUUGAAAAUGUGUUUUUUUUUUGUGCGAAGAUUACAAACAAUGGAAUAAAAACGAUCAGUAAUAGCUAGUCAUCAUCAUUUUAUCAACAUUGAAGCUGGUUGGAAUCAGGUGAUUAUGAAAUCAAGAUGGCGGUCAGGACAAUACAUAUAUUGCUUACGUUUAUAGUGACAACGACGGUACACGCACAGUUUUAUGAUCUAUUCGCCGAAUUUCGACCGCAAUACUAUUAUCAAAACAGCAGAACAACAAUUAACCCGUUCCAAGAAGAACGCACAACGAAACGACCUAAGCCCACAUACAAUCAUAGAAAUGACGAUAGCGGUACAAACACACAAGAGAAAAGGAGACAGAAUGCAAAACCAUCUGUCUCAACCGACAGUGAAGGUAACAGUGAAAGGAAUAGACAAUCAGCUAAAGACAAAGCUAAGAGGAGAAUUAUAACAUCAGCUCCAGUGUUUAAUUUCAAUUUCCUAACAACACCUAAGCCUACAAGGCGAACUACAAAAGCGACUACCAGAAACAGUCACAGUACAAACGCAAGAGAAGGCAACAGAAAUAGGGAAUCGGGUGUUUCCAACGGUGAAGGCGGUAGAAGAACAGCGUGGCGAGAGAACGACGCCAAUUUCGUUGUCGAUGAUACUGCCAGUCCUAAUUUUGGUACCACCAAAAAUUAUUAUACUCAAAACCAGUAUACAACAUACAAUCCGCUGUACAACGUUCCAGGAGUCAGACCAGCCGUGGUUGACUCGAAUAGACCACCAAUAACUAAUAAACCAGCUACACAGAGACCCCUAGCGGUGUUCCCGAGACCUACGGACAGUAGCGUGAUAAGGUUCCCCCAGGGACCAGAUACGAGUCCUCCGUUGUUGACUGGCCCCGAUGAAGAUUCUAUGAGCAGUGUAGAGAAAAGGAGAUACAUCGAAAUCUCUGAAAGAAUGUGUGACAAAUAUAAAUCGAGAAGUGUAACGAAGCUGCAAGCGAUUCCACUAUUACCGUCGCCAGAUCCUGUACAAUUUAAUGUGACUCAAUGUGCCCCCCCAGUCCCACUAGUAGUUGGGGGAAAAGUGGUCAGUAUACGAGAGUUCCCCCACAUGGCUCUGCUGGGCUGGACGAAAUUGGAGAAUGGUGGCUACGCUUGGAAGUGUGGGGGCUCUUUGCUCAGUGACAAAUUUGUACUCACAGCAGCCCACUGCGCCUACCAAGAAAAAGACAAUACUGUUGUCCCGGGUGCUCCAAGAGUAGUCCAGCUGGGGUCCUCGUAUUUGGACGACACCGGUGCUUUGGUUGUGAAGGUGGCAGCCGUGUACCGCCACUCGAAGUAUACUCAGACCAGAUCGUACUUCGAUACUGCAUUGGCGAAGUUGGCUAAAACUGUAACGUUCUCCGAAGUCAUCCAACCAGCCUGCCUGGGAGUACCGCCCUCGGUUGGAGAACACGUAGUGGCCACAGGAUGGGGGCGCACCGAAUAUGGAGGCGAUCAAUCUUUGGAGUUGCGGAGCGUAUCAAUUCCUGUAUGGGACAUGGCAGACUGCAGACGAAUACUGGGCGUCACGAGGAAGCUACCCGAAGGUCCAUCUUCAGAUAGCCAAGUCUGUGCUGGUGACAAGAAUGGCGGAAAGGAUACUUGUCAGGGCGACUCCGGAGGACCAGCCCAGCUCAGAGAUGGCUGCGUGUGGCGAGUGGUCGCCGUCACUUCAGUUGGAAGAUCAUGCGGUGCUGCAAACACACCAGCCUUGUACGCCAAAGUCGAUAGAGCAUUCAUAGCCGCUGUCGUAUUUGGUGAUCAAGCUAAUACCCAUAACAGUGAUAGACAGAACAACUACGACAGAAAUCAACAAAAUAAUGAUAAUACACGAUAUAAUAAUAAUAAUAAUUAUGACAGAAAUAACGAGAAUAAUAAUUACGAUAGAAAUAAUCAAAACAAUAAUGAUAAUAAGAGACAAAAUAAUUAUGACAGUGGUCAGAGUAAUUACAAUGGUCAUAGGCAACAAAACAAUUAUGAUGCAAAUAAUGGAAAUGAUAAUUAUGGCAACAACAAUGGACAAUCGAAUAAGAGACGACAGGAUAAUAAUUAUGAUAGAAAUAAUGAAUAUAAUUCGAAUGCUAAUACAAAUUUUGGAAAUAAUUAUAACAGUGGCGGUGAACGUAAUCAAAAUAAUAAUUUUAGAGUCGUAGAUUUUAGUCGUCCCACAACGAAAAAUUAUAGAUACGAUAAUUAUAGAAACGAUAAUUCGGGUGAGAAUUCUAGAAGUAGUAGUUAUAGACCAGAUUAUAAUGUUAACAGACAGAAAGACAAAUAUAGAAUUAGUGGUCAUAGUCCAUCUGAUGAAGAUAUCAUUUAUUGGCCUGAUGCUUAAAAAUAAAUUAAUUUAAACAAACAAUACGAAGUAUAAGAAACCUAAUAAGUCUGAAGAAAAUGUCUGGUGUAAGUUUAUAACUGAUGCUUACAGUAACUUUGCAAUUGCGUGUUAAUUUAUAAAAACAAUUUAUAACAAAUGUGAAUUUGUUAGGUACCCAUAACCGGCGAGCGUGUAUGAAAAGAUUGAUAAAUGUGGAAGAAGCGAAAGAGGUUUGUUUGAAUCGAAGCAUUUGGCGUUCAAUUGUUUUUGCCUACCCUAAUGGGAGACAGGCGUGACAGAUAUGUAUGUAUGCAUGUAUGUAUGUAUGUAUGUAUGUAUGUAUGUAUGUAUGUAUGUAUAGAUGGAUGUUUGUUACUUUUUCAAGCAAAAACCACUGGAUAAAUUUUAAUGAAAUUUGAUACCCGGAUUAGAAGAUAAAAUAUUUUAUGUACAUAUUUACACAGGUGAAUACGGUUUACGGUUUAAGACAUUUAUUUCUCUAAAGAUAAAAGAAAUACGAGCGGUAAAAAAGGAUUUGAAAAAUCCCAAAGCGCAAAAAUUAAGCAAGUGCAAAGUUUAAUAAAUUUAUAUGCAACGAAUUCUAUGAUCAAUGUUUAAUAUCACCUUCAGAGAACAUUUUAAAUAAUCAAUCAAAUAGAUAGAUAGAUACUCUUUAUUGUUUUCUUUAAAAGAUAACAAUAGUAAUCUUAUUAUAAAAAGAUACUAACAGUUUCAAGAAUUAUUGAAUAUUGUUCAGUUAUUUUUGAAAAUUGGCAGAAUAACCUGAAGUUGGUUACACUUUGAUGAGUUUCUGAAAGAAAGAACUUUACAAACACAAGAGACAUUAUUGAAAAUUGUUCAGUUGUUUUUGAAAAUUAACGGAAAAUACCGAAGUUUUUGCACUUUGAUGUGUUUCUAAAGGGACGAAUUUUACGCAGCAUAAGAGACUUUAUUGUAAAUUGUUCAGUUCAGUUGGAUUUGAAAAUUAACAGACAAUUACGACGUUGACACACUUUGAUGAACUUCAAAUGAACUUCAAGAGAAGUUUCAUCAGAUUUUUUGAUAUAACGAAAUGAUAUUAUAAAUAUCUGUACAGAAAAUUACGGGUACCUUUGAAAUCUACAGGAUGAAAACUUAUACAGCAACAUCCUAUAAUUAAUGUUCUACCAGGGAAACUAAACAAUGCCCCCCAAAGAGAAACGGGUUGAAAAACAACAAAAAAUCUAGCCUCCCAUACUAACUUGACAAUAGCAGAUACCCUGAUAGUACUAUUACUAAAUAUUGGAAUUCGUCAGGCUGCAAAACCUGUAACCAUAGAUUUAUUUAUUUUUUAUUUACCACAUUACAAAAAGUGUUUCGUACAAAAUGCGGAUUUAAUGCGGAUAUAACAUUCUCUGCCAUGGAUUUAAUGCUAUAUAACAGUCAACUUUUGGCUGUAUCAAUAAAAAAUAAAUAAAACCACUCCUUCAUUUUGAAAUUUUAUUUCAAACUAGCGGCCCGUCCCGGUUUCGCACGGAUGCCGGGUGGAUACAAAUACUGGUAGUUCGAAUUACUAACAAUCCCUUCCUUCCCUCCCCCCAUAUAUGUAUAUUAGCGAAAGGAAUUUAGAAGUCUAGGGCCGUAAAGGGUGGCCAAAAGGAAACAAUUGAGAUGCGUGCCAAUUUCAAAUUUGGUAAAUAAAACAAAAAAAAACUUUGUACCAAUUUUUACGAAAAUUGCGCGAACGGAGGAGUAUGAAAUUUGGCACACUUAUAGUUUAUAUAGAGAAGGAGUGCAGAAUGAUAACAUUUUUUUUUAAAUUAUGCAUAGAAAAUACAUUAAAUCAAUAAAAACACUACACACAUACACACACUACACACACAUACACACACUACACACACAUACACACACUACACACACUACAUACACACACUACACACACAUACACACACUACACACACUACAUACACACACUACACACACAUACACACACUACACACACAUACACAUACACACACUAUACUCUUGUGUUUAUUGUUAAAGUCUGUGGUCAAAUUGAAAAUAGAUUAAUAUUGUUUAUCCUUAAUAUUAUUUGUCUAUAGUCUUAAUUAAUGUCAAACUGAAUAUAAAAUGUCAUAACAAUUAUAAAUUAAUUUAUAUGUUAUGGUCGAAUUUCGACCACGCGGCGACCACUAGUAAUAUAAAAACUAUAAAUAUUAUGUACGAUCUGUACUCCACAAUCUUUUGUUAUGUUCUAUUUAAAUACAGCGUAAGCUAUUUCAGCUAUGUAUUGAUAUAUAAGGUGUUACCAAAUUAUCUGCAUUCCCUUUAAGGGGAUAUAGUAUUACGCAUAUACGUUAUUAUAAUGAUAGAAUUUCGUGUCGCAAAUGUCAUACAAUUUAUUAAUUCAUACAAAAAAAAAAUCCUUAAUAUAUGUAAAAUUUUCAUCCUGUGUAAAAAGUGCCUUUUAAAAAACGCUACGCUAAAACUGACGGAGUGAGCGCGACCAACGAUGUGAUAGAGACAAGUAUAGUUAUGAGGACGUUUUACAAGCAAUGAAGAAAUUCAAGUAUUUUAUUAUUUUUUUUAAAUAAUUUCAUAUUAUUUCGACAUGAAAUUCCUUUUUUAUCGUAAUGUGUAUAUCUAAUACUAUGCCCUGUAGCAAGGAAUGCAGAUAAUUUGGUAACACCUAUUAGAUUUAAACUCUUUUUAAUAAAGAUAUAUUUUAAAUUAACAGUUAGGACUUAACGCGAUGUAAAAGCUUUUACAGAUAGUUCAGGGCCUCUAGACAAGUGGCAAGCGAAUUCGUCGAUAGAAUCGACUCCGCUAGCAAGUACGUGAGUUAGAAUGAGUCACCCGGCGUUGCUAUCUCAUUCUGUCUCACAGACUCGCUAGCGAUGUCGAUUCCAUCGACGAAUUCGCUUGACAUUUGUCUAGAGGUCCUGUUGUGGUCACGACGUGGUGCAAACCACGUUGAAACGUUGGCAAUAAAAAAGCAGAUAUGUAGCUACUAUUUACCUGUAAAGAUUUUUACGUCACGUUAAGUCCCGAUUGUAUAUUUUAAAUGUGUGUAAACGAUACGAAUGUUUAAAAUUAGAUAUAUUUUCCUCCGAUUAUGCUCAGGUCAAGUCUAAGUAUGUUUAUUUUAAGUUAAUUAAUUUUGUACAGUAUUUUUUAAUAAAAUAUGUUUUUAAUA